AUGGAAGCGAUUCUGGCAGGGGACAGGAAGAAGAGGGAAAGGGAGGAAGGAAUGGCGAGAGGGGAAGACGGAGGGAAGGUGGAGGCGUUUAAGAGAAGUAGAAAAGUGGUGAGGUCGCCGGAGAGAGAGGAGGGAGAGGCGGACGAGAUAGUAAGAAGGGUAGGGGAGAUGAUGAAGAAGUUGUUGAAGCAGGAGUUAAGGCAAGAGUGUGGGAGAAUAGAGAGUAAGGUGGACAGGUGGGCGGAAGAGGUGAGAAAUGAGCAUGAUGAGAUGAGAAGGCAGUGGGGAGAGGAGAGGGAAAUGUUCAAAAAGAAGAUUGAGGAAUUGGAGCGAAAAGUGGAGGUAUUGGAGAAGGAAAGAGGGGAGGGGGGAGAGGGUGGGGAAAGGAUCGGGAGAAGAGUGUGGGAGGUGGAAAAAGAGCUGGAGAGGAGAGAGAGGGAGGAAAGGAGAAACAAUAUAGUGGUGAGAGGGGUGAAUGUGGCAGAAGGGGUGGAAUGGGAGAGGGAGAUAGAGAAGAUAUGGGAGAGAUUAGGAGUGGAAGGAGGCAGGAAAGAGAUGAGAAGAAUAGGGAGGGUGGAUGAGGGAGGGAGGGGGAUGGUGUUAAUAAGGCUGGAGGGAAGGGAGAAGAAGGUGGAAAUAAUGAAAGCGAAAGUAAAGCUGAGAGGGAAUAGAGAAAGGAUAGAGGAUGAUCUGACAAAAGAGGAAAGGAGAAUAAAAUGGCUGGUAGAAGGGCAGGCAUAUGAGGAGAGGAGAAAAGGAAAGAGGGUGAGGGUAGGAUAUAUGAGGAUGUGGGUGGAUGGAAAGGUAUUGGUGUGGAAUGAGAGAGAGGGGAGGUGCACGGAAAGUGUGGGGAACGAAUGA